GAAAUGUGGAUGGCCCCGAAGGACAAUGACCUCAUUGUAGUUGGCAAGGUCUUGGCGGAUGUGUGUGUGAUCUCUGGCGAGCAAGAUGCUGUGUCGGACCUGAAGGACAAGCGGGCAGCGUUGUUGAAGGACAUUGAGGUUGCAUCGCUUCUCGAGCAGAUCUAUGAUCUCAAGCAGUCGCUGAAAGAAGCUGAGGCGAACCUGAAGAUCUUGGAGUCAUCCGGCCAGGAGGAGAAGGGUGAGGCGACUGAGCCAAAGGCGAAGAAGUUCAAGGGAGAAGAGAUUUUCGAAACGCCUGAGAAGCCGAGCAAGGAAAAGCAGCUGGAGAACAAGGAGGUCAAGGAGGCAAAGGAGGCGAUGAAGCCUUUGAUGGAUGCCGCCAGUGGCCAGCUGGAGGACAAGUUCGAGGAGGCGAUGAAGCCUUGA